AUGCUGACCACCUCUACCCUAUCACCCCAUCGCAGGGCUUCCGGAAGGGACACGAAAGCGCGCGGUCGCCGCCGAUACUCCGGCGGCAGCACCGGUGUGAAUCGGUAUCGCCCAGGUAUGCGCGGGAGAGGCCUCCUCCAGACCGCUGACGAGGUCGUCGUCGAGAACGGCGACGUCCCAAAGGACUGCGUGACCAUCCUCGAGAUCAUCGACUCGCACCCCGACCUCACCGAGCUCUCGAGCGCCAUCGCCGACCUCCCGGUGGUCCGCGACGCGCUCGACGCCGACAACGAGACCGACACCUUCUUCGCACCCUCCAACGAGGCCAUAGACGGCUUCACGUCCUGGGCAGGGUUCAACGACACCAAAGCCGGGCUGCAAGAGCUCCUCGGCGACACCGAGUGGAAGGCGUACAUCGUCGCGUACCACGCCGUUCCCGACGAGAUGUACACCAUCGAUAAGCUGGAGUCCCUCGAGGCGGGCGACAGGUUCCUCGAGGACGCGUUGGAGGCUGAGAUGCCCCUGAUGUACGUGCCGAAAGAGUACAAGGUUGUCGGGAUGGGAUCUGCCGCCAACAUUGUGGGUAAGAACAUAUACGCGUGCAACGGCGUGCUGCACAUUAUCGACGCGGUGCUGCUGCCAUUCGACGGUAGGGUAGUGUCUUGA